AUGACCGACUACAAAGCAAUCGCCGAUGGCGUUAUUGAAAAACUCUUUGAUUUUGAAAAGGCUACAGACUGGAUUAAAUCCAAAGAAACGAAAGAAAUAAAGAUUUCCUACAAACAAUCUCAAGAUUUUGACGGUCGAAUGUUCAAGUGUGAAUAUGUAAUAGACGCACCAGUUGAGAAGGUUGUCGACGUCAUCAUGGACUUAGAAAAACAUCUAAAGUGGGAUUCUUCAGUUAAAACGAUCACAAGUGUGGAGAAAAUUGAUGAGGAGAUGGGAGUCUUCUACACCGUGACGCCCAGUUACCUUGCUGGUCUAAUAUCGUCACGUGACACGUGCGAUUUAAUUGGUGUUCGGCAUAUUCCAGCAAAAGACAUAUAUGUAAUCUACGAUGUAAGUGUUGAUCACCCAGCAUGCCCACCUGUUAAGAAGUAUGUCCGUGCUAGAAACUACCCAUCUGGUACCUUGCUGUAUAAAGUUGACGGGGACCCUAACAAGACACGGUUAAUUGACAUGCUCCAAUUCGAACUACAUCUGUCACCAAAGUCACUGAUUGACCGAUUGAUGCCUUCCUUGAUUCCAACGUACGCCAGUGAACUUUCUAAAGGUGUUAAGGAGCUAUAG